CAUUCUCUUUUCUUCUUUGCAUUUCCCUCGCUGUUCCAGUCUUGGGGUUUAGGGUUUUUGCAGCGGAAGAGCAGGGAUGGCGACCUCAGGGGUUUUUCAAGGAUGCAGAGCACUGAUGGCGGCAGCAAAGACUUCGAUAGCAGGAGCUACGAAAACAAGGGCAAAAAAUGGCAUUAUGAAGCCGAUCCCGGUUUCUCCACAGCUCGGCAGUUUCCUUGGGGCUUCUGAAGCAUCUCGUGCCGACGCAGUCAAGAAAAUCUGGGAAUACAUCAAGCUCCAUAACCUCCAGAAUCCUGCAAACAAAAGGGAGAUCUGUUGUGAUGAGAAGUUGAAGACUAUAUUUGAGGGAAAAGACAAAGUUGGGUUUCUAGAGAUGAACAAACUGCUGUCCCAGCAUUUCGUGAAAUCUGCCUGAUGCUUGUCCUUGGAUCUCUAAGACCCUAGAAAUAGUGAACUGGUGCUUUUUUUGGCUGUCCCAGCACUUCCUAAAAUCUGGCUGCUAGGACUCACCGGAUUGUCAUCUGGAUUCUACUAUUUGUGUAAACAGCUUUGGUAAUCAAAGUUAUUGGGUGCAUACUUUUGAACCUUGCAUUUUGGGGCAAAUUUUAUGCAAAGUGCUUAUCAUGGGUUGCAUUCUCCACUAUGUUCAUAUUUUUCCAUUGCUUAAUAUUAGGGUUUAGAUAAGGUUUAGAAAUGUUGUGACUUGUGUGACUGGUGGGUGCUGUGUUGCCCCUGAAUGUCAAAAGUGCUAC